UAAUAAAUUUAAAAUAUGAACUGUUUUUGGAAUUCUCGUCUUUCACUCCUUAAUUCACGUACCGUUAAAAGAAAACUAUUUGUUCGUAGCUAUGCAACUGAAUCUGGUUCUCAUCAAUUCCCUAAAGAAGGAUUUGGUGCUCCUAUAUGGAGAAGAACACUAGGUGUUGUUAUAUUUGGUCUUAUAUGGUAUCAGGCUGACCAAUACUUUACAAAAAAAGGAGAGAAACAUCCCGUAACAAAGUGGAUCGAAACUUUGAUGAUACCAGAAUCUGAGUAUAAAAGACGAAAUCUGGCGCAUCUUUAUUUAUCUGUUGAAGCUGCGAAGGAUAAGGUUCUUUUUGGAGAAGCUAAACCGCCUCCUAUUUAUAGACUUAAAGACCCAGAUCAAUUCGAAAGAGCUAGCCCACACUGUAUUGAGCCUGGAUUAGAAGUAGAUUUAACAGAUUUAGUAGUUCGAAAGGAUUAAAUUUUUCUUAUCUCGUAGACUGUUCAGUUUUCACGUGAUUAUUUAAUUACUUUGCAUAAAACUUUUAUUGCACUAUUUCACAUGAUAAAAUACCAAAAAAAUGAGUUCUCUUUUAUAAAUCUUUUUUUGUCAUAUGAU